CAUCCCAACCCGGGAUGAGGUUUCCCCCCCAAAAAACACUUGGGAAAAACUUCCUGCGCGAGGAGAAGGCAUGCCAAAGUGCACUCGGACGCCUUUGAAGUAAGCCAGGGCACGGCAGGGCACGGAAGGCAGGGCAGGGCGCGCGCGGAGGGCUUCGGCUUCUUCCUCCCAUCUUGUCGGAUACUUUUUUGUGGGGCGGCGGGGGGGCUUUUGCAAUUCGUCACCACGGCUUCCAAGGUGGACGUCGCGUUCCCCUCGCUCCCCUUGCAUUUCUUCAAGCGAGAAAUGGAAGAAGGUUCCGGAUCCCCGGUGUCCCCGGCGGACAGCCUGGGCACCAGCGAGGAGGAGGCUGAGCGCCGACGGCCCGGCAAGCAGCGCUGCGCGCGCAAGCGGAGGCCCAGCAAAAAGUCCGGCGGCGGCGGCGGCGGUGAAGACAGCUGCGGCAGCGGCGGCAGCGGCGGCGGAAGCCCGGCGCCCCUGAAGCGCAGCAAGAAGCCCAGCCCCGGCGUCGUCGGCACCCCCGGGAGCCAGUCGUACGAGGAGCUGCAGAACCAGCGGGUGCUGGCCAACGUGCGCGAGCGCCAACGGACGCAGUCGCUCAACGAAGCCUUCGCGUCUCUGCGUAAAAUCAUCCCCACGCUGCCUUCGGACAAGCUGAGCAAGAUCCAGACGCUCAAGUUGGCGUCGCGCUACAUCGACUUCCUGUGUCAGGUGCUGCAGAGCGACGAGAUGGACAACAAGAUGUCCAGCUGCAGCUACGUGGCCCACGAGAGACUCAGCUACGCCUUCUCCGUGUGGAGGAUGGAGGGCGCUUGGUCCAUGUCCACCUCGCAUUAAAGGGAGGGCGCGCGCCGGGUGCGAUGCCAAAGAGACUGUCGUCGAGAGCCAAAGGGACUAUCACGAAGAGCCCGUGGACGUCAUGUGCCGCACUCGCGUGCAUUGAGAAGCGUCACGCGCGCAUGCGUGGCCGCAGCCAGCACGCUGCCUCUGACAGGACGUGACGUGACGUUGUCCGCUUGCUGUCACGUGACAGCAAAAGUCAAAAAGAAGGAUGCAAAUCAAUUUCACUUGGACAUGUGUACAGAAUGAUGUCCAAAGUGCGCCUAUAGCCUGCAAAGGGACGUGAUCCCCGUCAAGUCUUUUUUUGUACAUUUUGCUUAUUUAUUAAAACAUAUUUUUGAAGGAAA